ACGUCGAAGGCUUCAACACGCCGUGCCAGUCAUUUUCAACAACCUCAAAUCGCCUUCGCCGUCCCUCCUCGACAUUUCUCGCUGCUCCUCAAAGCAGCCAGCGCCCCGAACACGUUGUCCAUCACCACCUGAAGCCGCCCCAGGGGCAACCCCGACGUCAUCAUGUUGAACAUUUUCAGGAUCCUAGCGGAUCUCUCGCAUCUGGCGAGCAUUAUCAUCCUCCUCCACAAGAUGGUCCAGCUGAACAGCUGUUCCGGCAUCUCGUUCAAGUCUCAAGCCCUCUAUCUUCUGGUCUACGUCACCAGGUAUCUUGACCUCUUCACGACCAACACGGCCUACAAUCUCCUCUUCAAGCUCAUGUUCAUCGGCUCUCAAGGCUACAUUAUCUACCUCAUGACGACAGCCUACAAGCCGACCAACGACGCCAACCUCGAUACGUUCCGCGUCCAGUACCUCCUCGGCGGCGCUGCCAUCAUGGCCCUCCUCUUCCCCUACUACUACAGCUUCUUCGAGAUCCUCUGGGCCUUUUCCAUCUGGCUCGAGGCCGUCGCUAUUCUGCCCCAGCUCUUCAUGCUGCAGCGCACCGGCGAGGCCGAGACCAUCACCACCCACUACCUCUUCGCCCUUGGCAGCUACCGUGCCCUCUACAUUCCCAACUGGAUCUACCGCUACUUCACCGAGCCCCGGCACAAGGUCGACUGGAUCGCCAUCGUCGCCGGCAUCAUCCAGACCGUCCUCUAUAGCGACUUUUUCUGGAUCUACUACACAAAGGUCCUCAAGGGCAAGAAGUUCAAGCUGCCCGUGUAGUCUUUCGUUUC